CGGGUUUCUUGAGAUCCGGGAAGAGGCGGCGUCUGCUUUCGGAUCUCGGUGCUACACUCCUUCCAGGACCUGAGAUGCUUAAACUUCUGCAAGGCUGGUGGCACUGUCGGGGUUGAGCCCCAUCUUAGCCUAGGCCUUUCUUCGGUUAUCCGGACUUGCCCCCACCUGAAGAAAUGAGUGGUGGCUUGGCCCCGAGUAAGAGCACUGUGUAUGUGUCCAACUUGCCUUUCUCCCUGACAAACAAUGACUUAUAUCGGAUAUUUUCCAAGUAUGGCAAAGUUGUGAAGGUUACUAUAAUGAAAGAUAAAGAUACUAGGCGAAGUAAAGGGGUUGCAUUUAUUUUAUUUUUGGAUAAAGACUCUGCACAAAACUGCACCAGAGCAAUUAACAACAAACAGUUAUUUGGUAGAGUGAUAAAGGCAAGCAUUGCUAUUGACAAUGGAAGAGCAGCUGAGUUCAUCCGAAGACGAAACUACUUUGAUAAAUCGAAGUGUUACGAAUGUGGGGAAAGUGGACACUUAAGUUAUGCCUGUCCUAAAAAUGUGCUUGGAGAACGUGAGCCUCCAAAGAAGAAAGAAAAAAAGAAAAAAAAGAAAAUUCCUGAACCUGAAGAAAUUGAGGAAGUAGAAGAAAGUGAAGACGAAGGAGAAGAUCCUGCUCUUGACAGUCUCAGUCAGGCCAUAGCAUUCCAGCAAGCCAAAGUUGAAGAGGAACAGAACAAAUGGAAACCUAGCUCAGGGGGUCCUUCAACAUCAGAUGAUUCAAGACGUCCAAGGAUAAAGAAAAGUGCAUAUUUCAGUGAUGAAGAAGAACUUAGUGAUUAACAUGGUAUUUAUUAUGUAAAUAGCUUUAAAAUUAA